AUGCUUUUUUUAGGUCAACCGUGUGGUAUGAUAGUGGCGAAUAGUAUGGCAUUGGCAAAUUAUGCAGCCUCGCAAGUUAAGAUUACAUAUAAAAAGAUUCGAGGAAAAGAGCCGCUUGUAACGGGACAGUUGUUGAGUGUGAUUGAUUCGCUCCGAGAUAAGGAAAAUGAUGACGGUGCUGCUGCUGCUGCUGCAAGUGAAGAAGGUAAAGUUGAAUCAAAUUUAAAUCAAUCCGGAUCAAUCACACACCCUGUUCUAGAUCAAACUGUUGAAAUUGAAAGCGAUUCGGUUUUUAUCAGUGGUGAAUUUGAAGUUGGGACUCAAUAUCAUUAUCCCAUGGAGCCACAAACAACAUUUGCUGCGCCUUCCGAUGAUGGCGGUUUAAACGUAUACACGGCAUCGCAAGGGCUUGAUAUGGUUCAAAUGGGCAUAAGUCAAUCGCUGAAAAUACCUGAAAACAAAAUAAAUAUUGUGGUUAAAAGAGUGGGAGGAGCGUACGGCUCGAAAAUAGCUCGAAGUUCAUUGGUUGCGUGUGCUUGUGCGUUGGCAUGCUAUUUAACGAAUCGUCCGGUUCGUUUUGUUAUGACAAUCGAGGCGAUGAUGUCAAUUUGUGGCAAACGUUAUCCAUGCGCUAAUAAGUAUGAGCUAGCACUGGAUCCAAAAACGGGAAAAAUUCGACGAUUGACCAAUUUCUACAUCGAAGACUAUGGGUAUUCGUUGAAUGAAAUGAACGAUGAAAGUGUUUUGCAAGCAUUUUUAUUGAGUUAUGUAUCGAAACGAUGGAAAUACUCGGGAAAACCACUAUUAACAAAUACGAACAUUAGCAACUGGUGUCGCGCGCCAGGUUCAGUGGAAUCGAUCGCAAUGAUAGAGACGAUUAUUGAACAUAUCGCCCAUAAGUUGAAAUUGGAUCCGGUCCAAGUGAGGUUGAACAAUCUCGAACGCGGCGACGUAUGGAAAUCGACGCUGGAGCAAAUUUUGGUGGACAUAGAUUACUACGAGCGCCGAAAAGAGGUGGAUCGAUAUAAUGCACGAAAUCGUUGGCGGAAACGAGGCAUUGGCUUCAUUCAGAUGAAAUAUCCGAUCGUUUACGUUGGUCCAUUUUCCGCAUAUGUUGCAAUUUAUCAUGGGGACGGGACGGUGAUUGUGAGUCACGGUGGCAUCGAGGUUGGCCAAGGCAUAAAUACAAAAUCGGCGCAAAUUGCCGCAUUUGCAUUGAACAUUCCCGUUGAAAUGGUGCAGGUGAAAGCAUCAAAUAAUGAAACGGCACCAAAUUCAUUUUAUACCGCUGCGAAUGUUGCCUCUGAUUCAGUGUGUUUGGCAACAAAACGAGCGUGUGAAAUUCUAUUGAAACGAAUCAAACCGAUUCGAGAUCGAAUGCCAGAGAAUGCAAAAUGGCAAGAAAUUGUGGAGGCAUGCCAUCAAAACUAUGUGGAUUUAACGGCACGACACACAUUCUUUCCGAUCGAUGCAAAACCAUAUUUUGUUUAUGGAUGUGCAUGCGCCGAAAUUGAAUGGGAUUCACUCACGGGAAAUCAACAAAUUCAACGGGUUGAUCUGAUUGAAGAUACAGGAAGAUCUCUUAGUCCAUUAAUUGAUUGUGGGCAAGUAGAGGGGUCGUUUGUUAUGGGAUUGGGAUAUUGGCUCACCGAAAAAUACGUUUAUAAUCGAUUAACUGGUCAACUGGUUACAAAUCGGACAUGGAAUUAUAAAGUGCCCGGUGCAAAAGAUAUACCAAUUGAUUUUCGUGUGAAAUUCAUCGAAACUGAAAACACAAACAACAGAGUCGGAGUACUUCGAUCGAAAGCGACUGGUGAACCAGCAGUCGCUCUAAGUCAUGUUGUUGUUUGUGCACUACGGCAUGCUUUACAAUCGGUACUCAAGGACAAUGGACAAGCUGACCAAUUUCUUCCACUCGGUUCGGGACUUACACCCGAUGAACUUUGUUUAGCUGCUCCAGUGAAUAUGGGUAAUUUUUUGAUCGAUUAGAGAUCAAUCGCAUGAAUUUUUCGAUCUUUCAAUCGCUCGAAUUUUUGAGAAAAAUCUUCAAUGAAGAAAUUGAUCAAAUGUUGAUGCAUUGCUUCGAAAUGCUUAAAUCCAUUACUGAAUCAAAGGGGUCUUCUCCAAAA